AUGUCUACUCCUAUUCCUGGUCCAGCUGGCUGGCCCCUCCUAGGAAAUGUCAAUGAUAUCGACCCUGAUGUUCCUAUCAAAUCAUUGAUGGACAUUGCCGACAAAUAUGAUCGUAGCNACAAUGGCGAACAAAACUGGGAGGUCGCCCACCGUGUUUUGGUACCCGCCUUCGGACCGCUCAAUAUUCGCAGUAUGUUCGAGGACAUGCAUGACAUUGCAUCGCAGCUCGUCAUGAAGUGGGCACGCCAUGGAAACGACUACAAGAUCCACGUUACGGAUGACUUUACACGAUUGACCUUGGAUACCCUUGCUCUCUGCUCCAUGGACUAUCGAUUCAAUUCAUUCUACGCAGAACAGAUGCACCCUUUCGUUGAUUCAAUGGUCAACGUCCUCUCCGAAUCUGGAUCAAGGAUUCGAAGACCUGGCUUCCUUGCCGCUCUGUACCGUAAAGAAGAAUACCAAUACUGGAAAGACAUCAAGUACUUGCGAGAGCUGAGUUCGGAACUGGUUCAGAAUCGCAAGAAACAUCCCGGAGCUAGGAAAGAUCUCCUUCACGCCAUGCUUCACGGCAAGGAUCCACGUGAUGGAAGCUCAUUGUCCGAUGACAGUAUCAUCGACAACAUGAUCACCUUCCUCAUUGCCGGUCACGAAACCACCUCGGGCCUUCUCUCCUUCCUCUUUUACUACCUCUUGAAGAAUCCUUCAGCAUACAAAAAAGCACAAGAAGAGGUUGAUAGAGUCAUCGGAGACGCGACUAUCAAGGUGGAACACUUGAGCAAGCUCCCCUACAUCAACGCAGUUCUGCGUGAGACUUUGCGACUACAGCCCACUGCUCCAGCUUUCUCAAUCCAACCCAACAACGAGAUCGACACCAUUGGUGGUGAAUAUACUGUGUUCAGAGGCGAACCCAUCAUCGCGCUCCUACCAAAGAUUCACCGUGAUCCAGCUGUCUACGGAGAGGACGCCAAUGAUUUCAAACCUGAGAGAAUGCUUGACGAGAACUUCAAUAAACUUCCUCCCAACGCCUGGAAACCAUUUGGUAACGGCUCUCGUGCUUGCAUUGGUCGCCCAUUCGCAUGGCAAGAGGCUCAACUCGUGGUUGCGAUGCUACUCCAGUACUUCGAUUUCACAUUAGACGACGCCAAGUACGAUUUACAGAUCAAGUCAACUCUGACCAUCAAGCCAAACCACCUCUAUAUGCACGCUCAACUCCGCCACGGCAGGACUCCUACCCAACUUGAGCAGAUCCUGUCCUCAAAUGGUGCCCCUGUACCAGCGAAGCAACCCCACAGAUCUGACGAUGAAAAGGCAACAUCUGCCGCAAGUGACGGUAAUGCAAGACCUCUGACCAUUCUCUACGGAUCAAACACUGGUACUUGCCAGGCUUUUGCUCAAGGCCUCGCAGCUGAUGCACCGUCUCAUGGAUUUAAAGUGACANAGGUGGAUACCCUUGACUCAGCCAAGGACAACUUACCUACAGAUCAAGCAGUUGCAAUCAUUACCUGUUCGUACGAAGGCGAGCCGGCAGAUAACGCAGCACACUUCUUCCAUUGGCUCAAAUCACUAGAAGGAAACACUACCAAGAUCCAGUACGCAGUAUUUGGAGCGGGUCACAGUGACUGGAAGAACACUUUCCACAAGAUCCCAACGGCCAUCGACGACAUCCUUCUGGCACGUGGUGGAGAACGUAUCUGCAGCAGAGGCUCAGCCAACGCUGCCAAUGGCGACAUGUUCAGCGAGUUCGAGAAGUGGGAAGAUGAGGUCUUCUGGCCUGCCAUGUCGAAAAAGUAUGGAGGUGAUGGCGGUGCAACCGAUUCGGCAGCAACACAGAGUCUGACAGUCGAAGUUUCGAGCGUCCGCUCUUCACACUUGCGUGCCGAUGUGUACGAGGCUCGUGUUGUCGAUGCAAAGCUCCUCUCCCAGCCUGGAUCAUCGGAGAAGAGACACAUCGAGAUUGAGCUACCAGCUUCUGCGACUUACAGCAGUGGCGACUAUCUGCAUGUCCUUCCUAUCAACCCACACGAAAGUGUGCAGCGUGUCAUGCGUCGCUUCAACCUGGCAUGGGACAGUGUGCUGACCAUCAAGGCCGCAGUAGGCACUAUUCUGCCUACGAACAUCCCAAUCUCUGCCAAUGACCUUUUCGGGGCCUAUGUUGAACUCGGGCAACCUGCGACCAAGCGCAAUGUGACGCUCCUUUUGGAUGCUUGUACAGAUGACCAAACCAAGAAAGAACUGACCCGACUCGCUGGCGAUGCCUUCAGCACCGAGAUCAGUGAANAGAGAGUCUCGCUCUUGGAUCUCCUUAACAGAUUCCCAUCUGUGCAACUUCCUCUUGGUGCUUUCAUCAGCAGCUUGCCUCCUAUGCGUACCAGGUCUUAUUCCAUUUCUUCGUCAAGCUUGGUCAGCCCUCAUCGCGUCACUCUGACCUACGCCGUUUUGCAUCAAUCACACAUGAGCGGUAUGGGCGAAUAUGUUGGUGUAGCUAGCAACUACCUUGCAAAAUUGGCUACCGGCGAUAAGUUGCACGUCGCUGUGCGUCCCUCCAACCAAGCCUUCCACCUGCCUACCGACUACGAAAACACACCUGUUAUCAUGAUCUGUGCCGGAACUGGCUUGGCACCUUUCCGUGGCUUUGUACAAGAAAGAGCAGCUCAGGUUGAGGCUGGCCGCAAGCUUGCACCCGCUCUGCUAGUUAUUGGUUGCAGAAGCCCUGACCAGGACGAACUUUACAGAGAAGAUUUCGACAAAUGGGAAAGUACAGGUGCUGUCAAGAUUCUGCGUGCUUACAGCAGGAAGUCGGAAGCGAGUGGAGGCUCAAAGUACGCUCAGGAUGCCUUGUGGGAGCACCGCAAGGAAGCUCGCGAGCUGUGGGACGCUGGCAGCAGAGUCUACGUCUGUGGCAGUCGUGCUCUCGAGCGAAGUGUUGAGCAGGUCUGCAAGCAGAUCUAUACCGAGAGGGCAAAAGAGCUAGGCAAGGACAAGACCGACCAAGAGGCUGAGGAGUGGUUUGACGGCAUCAGGAACUCGAGAUUUUCCACUGACGUCUUCAGCUAG